UGCAAAAGGGCAGCUUAUCAACAACUCUUGAUCUUUUCUCUCAACACAAAUCUCUCUUCUUUCUUCUCUCUCUCUCACUCACUCUCUCUAGCUAUCCCAUCUUUGAAGUUACGACAUCCAAGAGCUUCUCAUCCCAAAGUUCUUGUGUUCUGGUUCGAAAAUGGUGUGAUCAAAUGAACAAGUACAACAUCAUCCGAGGAUUGAUCACUUUGUCCUUUCAGGUUCUAAACUUCUAAUUCAGAGUACAAAUCUUGUGGAAGAUAGAAGUAAUAAAUCAACUCAACAGAAAGAAAAAAAAACAAUAAAAGAAGAAGAAUUAAAAGGUGAAUAAAAAUGCCACAAGAAGUAAUGAGAGGAUUAAAAGGUUUGGUGGUGUCGUCAACAAGCAAUGGAGAUUAUGAGCUUGCACAACGAAAAGCUGAAGAAACUGCUUUGAGAAGGUACCAAGCGGUGGCAUGGCUGAGACAGAUGGACCAAGGCGCGGUGGAGACUCUACCGGAAAAACCAUCGGAAGACGAGUUCUCCGUCGCCCUCCGCAACGGCCUCAUUCUCUGCAACGUCCUCAACAAAGUCAAUCCCGGUUCCGUUCUCAAGGUGGUGGAGAAUCCGAUUACUCCAGCUAUUCAAUACGCCGAAGGAGCUGCUCAAUCCGCAAUUCAAUAUUUUGAGAACAUGAGGAACUUUCUUAAAGCUGUAGAGGAUAUGCAGCUUUUAACAUUUGGAGCUUCUGAUCUUGAAAAGGGAGGAUCGUCAAACAAAGUAGUAGAUUGCAUUUUGUGUUUGAAAGGUUUUUACGAGUGGAAACAAGCAGGUGGAGUUGGAGUAUGGAGGUAUGGAGGGACUGUGAGGAUAGUUUCUUUCAAUCCAAAAGGCAGCUCUCCGAGGCAGUAUGGGAUUGGUAGUGGAAGCACCACCGAUGAGUCUGUAUCUUUGGAUGAAUCUGAGUCUUCUCAGUAUGAUCAGCUUUUGGAUUUUCUUCACCUUUCUAAUGAGAUCUCAACUGAGGAAACUGAAACUGGAAUCUCCAUGGCUUUUCUUUUUGAUCAUUUCGCGCUUCAGCUUCUACAGGCUUAUAUCAAAGAGACUGAUGGGUCAAAUGAUUUGCCUUUAAAUGAAAUGGUGAUCGAUAGCUUGCUCAACAGGGUAGUUAAGGAUUUCUCUACAAUACUAGUAUCUCAGGGAACUCAGCUGGGUUCGUUUCUAAAGAAGAUACUAAAAUGUAAUAACGGGGAUCUAUCAAGGUCGGGUUUUCUAGAAGCAGUCUUCAGAUAUCUUCAGCACAGAAAAGAUCUGGUGACAAAGGAGUUUUCAAAAUUUUGUAAAUGUGGCGGAAAGCUUGAGUUUAUUAGACCAAGCAAUCGCGAGUUUUCUCCUGGUCAUGCAGAUGCUAUUGGUGUUCAGCAGGAAGAGCUGGAGGAAGUAAAAUCAAAUUUUUUGGAAACAAGAAGCCAAGUUAUACAAAUGCAGUCACAGUGGCAAGAAGAGAUUCAAAGGAUAGUCCAUCACGUUAAAGCCAUGGAAGUUACAUCUUCAUCUUACCACAAGGUUCUGGAGGAAAAUCGCUUACUUUACAACGAGGUCCAAGAUCUCAAAGGGACCAUUAGAGUCUACUGCAGAGUCAGACCUUUCUUACAAGAACAAAAAGAUAUGCAAUCAACUGUGGAUUAUAUUGGAGAAAAUGGUAAUAUUAUUAUUAACAAUCCUUUCAAGCAGGAAAAAGAUGCGCGAAAAAUAUUUGCCUUCAACAAAGUAUUUGGACAGAAUGUCUCACAAGAGCAAAUCUACAUUGACACUCAACCGGUUAUAAGGUCUGUCCUUGACGGAUUCAAUGUUUGUAUCUUUGCAUAUGGGCAAACUGGUUCAGGAAAAACGUAUACAAUGAGUGGGCCAGAUCUGAUGACUGAGACAACUUGGGGCGUGAACUACCGAGCUCUACGUGAUCUCUUCCAGCUUUCAAAUGCAAGAACACAUGUGGUGACUUAUGAAAUUGGAGUUCAAAUGAUUGAAAUUUACAAUGAACAAGUUAGAGAUUUACUAGUCAGUGAUGGUUCCUCCAGAAGAUUAGACAUACGCAAUAAUUCUCAACUCAAUGGCCUUAAUGUACCCGAUGCAAGCUUGGUUCCAGUUUCUAAUACUCGAGAUGUUCUUGACUUGAUGAGGAUUGGCCAAAAGAAUCGUGCAGUGGGAGCUACUGCUUUGAAUGAGAGGAGCAGCCGUUCUCAUAGUGUAUUGACAAUUCACGUCCAAGGAAAAGAAUUGGCCUCAGGAUCCAUUUUAAGAGGCUGCCUUCAUCUAGUGGAUUUGGCUGGAAGUGAAAGAGUAGAAAAAUCUGAAGCUGUAGGCGAGAGACUCAAAGAAGCUCAACACAUAAACAAAUCGUUGUCUGCAUUAGGAGAUGUCAUCUAUGCACUUGCACAAAAGAGUUCCCAUAUUCCCUACAGAAAUAGCAAGCUUACACAAGUUCUGCAGGACUCUUUAGGUGGUCAAGCCAAAACUUUAAUGUUUGUGCAUAUUAAUCCUGAAGUUAACGCUAUAGGAGAGACUAUCAGCACCCUUAAGUUUGCCCAAAGGGUUGCAUCAAUUGAACUUGGAGCAGCUCGAUCAAACAAAGAAACCGGUGAAAUUCGAGAUCUUAAGGAUGAGAUAUCUAGCCUUAAAUCGGCAAUGGAGAAGAAGGAAGCAGAGCUGGAACAAUUGCGAUCAGGUAGCAUUAGGAACACAACUGAAUGUCAGAAAGCGAGAGCAGUUUCUCCUUUCCAUCUCCCAAGAAAUGGCAACGGUGCUGGAACAAAGGCUGAGGCAAGCCCACAGCCAAACGACAGUACCAGAAACUACGAGACCAGAAGUUGCUCAACUGGCAAGCAGAGAAAGUCAGGGUUUCCGUCUGCACUGAGAAACAGAGAAGCAAGCCCGAGGAUGCCGAAUCUAGCAGAAGAGAGGUUAAAUCCGAGUCCGAAUAGGAGGUCACUAUCCACAGAUAGAGGAUCGACCAUCAAAAGUAGGAAUAAGCCGGACGUUACUCAAAACCUACCAGUUUCAAGAACACCUUUUCCAGCUAGAGUACCAGUAGCCAAAUCUUUUUCAACUGUUCCAUUGAACCCAUCAGCAGAAAUCACUUCAGAGACAUUUCACAGUCAUCAGAAGUUAAGUGCUCGAAAGCUCUUCCCUGAGAUCGAGGAGGAACACAUAAGGCAUGCACUUCACAUACGUCAAGGUGGUGUAAAGAAGAACAAAGCCGAGAGCAGUAAAACUAAGGCAAAGCAACCAUCUCCAGCUAGGUUUCAGAAACUCGAUGUUGGGAUCAGUUUGCGUUCGGAGGCAGAUCCCGAAGCAAAAGUAGUAAACUAUCAGACCCAAAAGGGGAACAACAACCACAAUGUGAUACACUCAAGAUUCCAAAACUUCGACGUAGGUAUCAGCCUGUUCUCUGACCUCUGUGCUGGUGACAAAUCAGAUUCAACACUCAAGAGUGAUUCCUCAGAGACAGACAACGAACCACCCUUGAAAUCGAAGAAUGCCCCAAGAAACUUGUCCAAAAACUCCCUGAACAACAAACUAAGGGUAAUCUAUGCUCAUGAGGACACUUCACUCAUGGAUGACAAGCCUUCAAAUGGUACAGCCCAUAUCAAAGAAGGUAAUAGUAAUGUAUCUACGCCCGAGUUCAGGAGAAGCCGUUCAACGCAUCAUGCAAGGUUCAUGGUACCAUAGAAACAUAUCCAAGACUACAAUAUACCUUAUCUCAUCAUUUCAUCACCAUUAUAUCCUUUGUACAUUCACAAUCUGAAGUUGGGGUUUCUUGGUUUUCUCAUGUCCGUAUACUCCAUAGUUGUGACUGAGAUUAAACCGUUCCGUUUAUCAUAUGAACGAGUAUCAUAUGAGGUUCUUUGCCAACUAAA